AUGUCAAGAGAAGCAGGAGUAUCGACGUCGGGAGCGCUGGGCGCGGGGAGCACCGCUGCCAGCACCACGCCGCGGGCAGCCACCAGCAGCACCGGCCGCCCCACCACCACCUCGGCCUCGGGCAGGAGGAACAGGAGCACCAGCACACCAUCGCCCAUGGCUGACGUCCCUGAUGAAAUGACCACGCACCUCCCUCCCGCCUCUUCCCAACUGCCCCCAGCCGGUGCAGAGAGCUGCGACCCUGUGGAAGCCCGGGAUAUUAUGUGGUCUCGGACCCGGCAGGGGCAGGUGGCGAAGCAGCCGUUGCCCAUGGGCUCCAUAGGUGUUGCAACGUUCCGCUGUCUUGCUCCAGAUGGGAUCUGGGAGCCCCAAGGACCUGACCUCAGCAACUGCUCUUCUCCCUGGAUCAACCACAUCACUCAGAAGAUGAAGUCAGGGGAGAUGGCUGCCAACAUCGCCCGGGAGCUCGCGGAGCACACGAAAAACCACUUGUACGCUGGAGACAUCACGUACUCCGUGUCCGCCAUGGUCCAGCUGGUGAACCUGCUGGACGUACAGCUCCGAAACCUGACUCCAGGUGGGAAGGACAGCGCUGCACGCAGCUUAAAUAAGCUUCAGAAAAGGGAGCGCUCUUGCAGGGCCUAUGUCCAGGCCAUGGUGGAGACGGUGAACAACCUCCUGCAGCCGCAGGCGUUGAACGCAUGGAGGGACCUGAACGCGAGCGAGCAGCAGCGUGCGGCCACCAAGUUACUGGACACUGUGGAGGACAGUGCCUUCGUGCUGGCUGAUAACCUGCUGAAGACGGACAUUGUCCGGGAAAACACUGACAACAUCCAGCUGGAAGUUGCUAGACUGAGCACAGAUGGGAAUUUGGAAGACCUGAAGUUUCCCCAGAACAUGGGCCAUGGGAGCGCCAUUCAGCUGUCGGCAAAUACCUUGAAGCAAAAUGGUCGAAAUGGUGAAAUCAGGGUGGCUUUUGUGCUGUACAACAACCUGGGCACCUAUCUCUCCACGGAGAAUGCCAGCAUGAAGUUGGGAACAGAAGCAAUGUCGACUAAUCACUCUGUCAUUGUCAACUCCCCCGUCAUCACGGCAGCAAUAAACAAAGAGUUCAGCAAUAAGGUUUACCUAGCUGAUCCUGUGGUGUUUACCGUCAAGCACAUCAAGCAGUCAGAAGAAAAUUUCAAUCCCAACUGUUCAUUCUGGAGCUAUACAAAGCGUACAAUGACAGGGUAUUGGUCCACCCAGGGAUGCCGCCUCCUGACAACUAACAAGACACACACCACGUGCUCCUGCAAUCACCUAACCAACUUUGCGGUCCUGAUGGCACACGUGGAAGUUAAG